AUGCUAGGAGCCGGACUUCUAGCCCUUCUCCCUUUCGCAGCCGCCACAUCUAUCGCUCCCCGACAAUCGAAUUCAUCGUCAACAGCAUGCAAUAACUCCCCAGAUCUCUGCUCAAAAUCCUACGGCGAAAUCACCCAUCUCGGGGCGCACGACAGUCCAUUCUUGCGAGACGAGUCGACUGGCAACUCGCUGGCCGGGAAUCAGUUCUACAAUACCACCGUCCAACUCGACGCUGGCGUCCGCUUAGUAUCAGCGCAAGUCCACGAAGACAAUUCACAAUGGCGCCUUUGUCAUUCGAGCUGUGACCUCUUGGAUGCUGGGCGAUUGCGCACAUGGUUAACAGAGAUAAAGACAUGGUUGGACUCGAAUGCCAAUGAAGUGGUGACAGUUCUGCUGGUGAAUUCGGACGGGGCAACCGCCUCAGACCUCCACUCUGAGUUCCAAGCCGCCGACAUUGUCGACUACGCCUACAGCCCUACAUCGACCUCCGCACCGUCCUCAUGGCCAACCCUGCAAGAACUCAUUGAUGCCGGAACCCGCCUCAUGGUAUUUGUCGCGUCACUGAGCUCGGACAGCAGCAGCGUAGCACCAUACCUCAUGAACGAGUUUACCUACAUCUUCGAGAACCCAUACGACGUAACCUCACCAUCGAAUUACUCGUGUGAAGCCGACCGCCCUUCCAGGGUUCGCGGCGACAGCGCCUCAGCCAUCUCGGCCAACAUGCUCCCGCUCCAGAAUCACUUCCUCUACCAAACUGUUCUCCUCGACUACCAGGCCCCCAACGAGAGCUAUGUCGGUACAACCAAUGCGCCAUCUGGUGGUGAGGGGAACCUCGGUGAUGCCGCGUCGACCUGCCAAACCGCCUGGGGUCGCCAGCCAGCGUUCAUUCUUGUGGACUUCUUCGACCAAGGCCCUGCCAUUGCGACGGUCGAUAGUCUUAACGGUGUCACAAAUGCUGUUGGUCGUACGAACGUUACUGCCGUUGAGGAGGAACAGGCGAGUUCUGCCUCGACCUAUUCGAAUGUGUUCAAGGGGCUGGUUGACCUUGUGCGCAGUGCCCAGGCCGGUGCAAACCCCAACAUGGGUGAGUGGAUCUGGGCUGGCGGCGACUGGGGUGAGAUCCUUGGUGGGGGUAUUCCUCUUUGA